CGCGAAUGUGUUAGUGCCUAUUAAUGUGCAUUAUUUUACAGUGAGUGAAAGGGACGAGGCAGGGAGCUGUCUGUCUGUCCUGUUCCCUAACCGGAGACCGAGAUCAGCGACUGAUGCGAUCUGAGAUCUGCUGACACUGUUGCUGAGCCGUGCGCAGGAUAUGCCGCUACGAAACACAGGCCUGCCAAUGAAUGAAUGAACGAAUGAAAUAAGCGCGUUGCGAUGCUUUAUUGUUUUGUUUCGCUUCAUUGCUAUCAAAACAAAGAGAGUGUUAUUUUGUUUGUCGCGGACGCUCUCCGGACUUGCCCGUAGUUCGCGAAAGUGUCAUGAAACAACGUGAAUGGAGACAUUUUGACAACGUUAGCUCUAGUGUUUCCGGUAUAACGGGGACACAUGGCUGUAUCCCAUUGAAGUGUUUGACAACAGCGCAAAAGAGGCGGGAUUUAAUGAUCUUUGUUAAUUUCUGAUGGAGUACACGUUCAUCACACUGCAAACAUGCAGGAAGGAAACAGCUGUAUCAUGUUUUCAUGCGGACCUCGGACUGGAGGCCUGUUGUCCAGAAUGACUGCCCUCAGGCAGAGGAAGGGCAGUAAAGGGAAGGACCCGGGGCCCAGUGUUCAGAACCUGAAGUCCGAUUGUACAGCUGAACCUAGAGAGAGGUUUACAACAGGUGGUUUCUCAUGGUGGACAAUCGUGUGUGUAAUGACGGGCUCAGUAGUGGGAAUUAGUCUGGGCUUGCUGUGCUGCAUCUAUGUGGCUACACUUCAUGAAAAUGACCUCUGGUUCUCCAAUAUAAAGGAAGUCGAGCGUGAAAUCUCCUUCCGGACAGAAUGUGGCCUUUAUUACUCCUACUACAAACAGAUGUUGAAGGCGCCUUCUAUACAGCAAGGUCUUUAUGAGCUUAUUCAUGACAACACUACUGAAUCAAAGAGAACAAUAAACAUCCUACAGCGUAUGAAUAUCUACCAAGAAGUGUUCCUUAGCAUUUUGUACAGAAUACUUCCCAUCCAGACCUACUUGGAGCCAAUUUAUUUCUACAUCUACACCGUGUUUGCUUUGCAGGCAGUGUAUGUCAUUGCCCUCUUUAUCACUAGUUGGUUACUCAGUGACUCCUGGCUGGCUGGAGCCCUCACUGGAGUCUGGUACAUUCUCAACAGAGUGGAUACCACACGUGUGGAGUUUACAAUCUCGCUAAGGGAGAACUGGUCAAUACCUUUCUUUGCUCUUCAGGUGGCUGCCAUAACAUGCUACUUAAGGCCACAGCUAAAACCUAUUCACCAGAGGGUGGUACUGUGGCUGGUGUUCAUCUCCACCUUCUGCUUCUGUUUGACAUGGCAAUUCAAUCAGUUUGUCCUGCUGGUGCAGGCCCUUAUAAUCUUUACUCUGGAUUGCCUGGACUUCCUUACAGCAGAACAGGUGGUUUCUCUGUACCUGAUGCAGGUGUUGAGUCUGUUAUUGGUGUGGUUACUGCAGUUCUGCAAUUCUAUGAUUCUGGGCUCCCUUGUGCUCAGCUUCAUUGUGUCUGCCCUCCUCAUCAAACACUUCCAGACGGGACUAAAGACGGGCGGCUUUGUCAUACGAGUAGGAAAACUGGCUCUUCACACGCUCCUAGUCCUCACAUUAACUUUCACCAUCAAUUAUUCAGCCAAGAAAAUGCUCCAGCUGAAAUCAGACGAGCACAUCUUUAAGUUCAUAAAGGCCAAGUUUGGCUUCGGAGCAACGAGAGACUUUGAUGCCAGUCUCUAUCUGUGUGAAGAGGCUUUUGGCUUGUUGCCAUUGGAUACAUUUGAGCGCUUGGCUGGCACAGUGCUGCUCUAUCCGUAUCUGUGCACCCUCAGUGCGCUCUUCAUCUUGCUGCUGCUGGUGGCGCUCUCUAAUCUCAGUGUUCUUUUUUGUUUCCUAAUUCUACAUCCAAGCACGAAUGGGUCGGGCCAAGCGAGCAGGGAGGAAGAGGAGAGGACCUUUAGGAUACGUCCGGACGUCGCUUAUAAUCUCUUGCACACUGUCUUCUUCGGCCUGCUCGCCUUUUCCACUAUGAGGAUGAAAUAUUUGUGGACUGGCCACAUGUGUCCUUUCGCUGCCUUUGGGGUGUGUGGAAAGGAGGUGUGGUCAUUGUAUCUGAGGGUCCUUCACUGCAACACCAAAACCAUGAUGAGACUGAUCAGGUACUCUGUUCCUAUUGUAAUACUGGCAUUCCUUUAUUACAAGUUCUGGCCCAGACUGAUGGAGGAGAUUUCUGAGCUGAGAGAGUUUUAUGAUCCAGACACUGUGGAGCUAAUGGAGUGGAUCAGAUUGAAGACUCCCAAACGGGCGGUGUUUGCAGGCAGCAUGCAGCUGUUGGCAGGAAUUAAGCUGUGUACGGGGAGAGUAUUGACAAACCAUCCACACUAUGAGGACCAGGCACUGAGAGAGAGGACCAGACAGGUAUAUCAGAUCUAUGCACGUCAGUCUGCUGAGGAGGUUCAUAAAGUUCUCUGUUCGGUUGGAGCGGACUACAUCGUACUGGAGGACAGCAUCUGCUAUGAGCGCAGGCACAGCCGUGGUUGUAGGCUGAGGGACCUGCUCGACCUGGCAAACGGACAUAUCAUGGAUGGCCCAGGUGAAAACGAGCCGGACCUCAUCCCUGCAACUCACCCGCGUUUUUGUGAGGCCAUUAAGAGCGACAUGCCUCCGUAUUUAACCCUCUUCACACGAGUGUUCAAAAACAAGACGUUUCACGUGUACAAACUCAAGAAACUCAAGAAGAAAAACAAAGCUGAGAACGUUCUAUAAUGCUUAUUCCUCAACAGCAGUCGCCCACCUUCACUGGAUGAAUGAACUCCCCAUCUGGAAUGUUCAAUGAGUGUGUGAUAGUAGCAGGUGUGUGUGAGUGUGUGUGUUCGGCUGUGUGAAAGAGAGAGAUUGGAGAGAUGCCUGAUUGAGCCAGCACGCACUAGAUGAUUUGGUACGUGUUUGUGUGUGUAAAUCUGCUCUGAGUCGGUCUGCCGCAACAGGAGCUCAAGUUUAACAUGGAGAGACGGGAGGAAAAGCUUUUUUCUCACAGUCUGUCGCAUCCCCUCACUCUCUCUCUCUCUCUGAUCAUCACAUCUCUUUCGACACGUGCCCUUCCACUAAACACACAUUUAGGCUCUUGCACACAAUGUGAACUAAAGAUGCAACAAUUGCUUUCACAGCCUCAUUACUGUCACACUUCCAACAAAAUCAAAUGAGGAAACAGCAAUGGAUAUCAAUGAUUUGAAAUUGGAUCUCACAAGAGCAGUUUGGGGUAAUUAGUGACUGUGGUAGUGUUGUCUUUAAUCUGGCAAACUGUGUCAAUUUGAACUACAUCAUGCUGUUUGGCUGUGUAAAAAUAUAUGUAUAUAUACUCUGAAGAACAGUCUUGCUCAUGGGCAUAAAGAAAUUUAUGGAAUUGGGCAUAAAUGCUCCUAAGAAUAAAUGUCACAAAAUUUACUUUGAUCUAGAAAUGAAUUAUGUUUCAAAUAAAACUUUUUUUGUUGUUC